GAAGUGCAAUGGCAUCAAAAAUGGCGCUCUUAUUUUUAACACUGUUAAUAUGUAUCGUAUGUAUUAGCAAAGGAGAUAUAUUACGAUUGUCUGAAUGCAACAAGUUUUAUGCUGUCUUCGAUGUUGUGUUUAACAAGUUUCUUUUGAUAAAUACGACAUAUUCUUUGGUUAGAAACGUCGAGCUGAAUAUAUGUUUGAUUAUAUGCAUGCAAUAUCCAAAGUGCAAAUCAUUCAGCUACAUGUUUCAUCACUCACAAUGCCGAAUACACCAUUCCACUAGAACUGACACAGGAAGUGAGUUACAAAAGGAAAAUGGAUGGACACACUAUGAAACCAAUGAGAAUGCAACGAACGUUGGCCCUGUUUGUGAAGAAAGAAAACCAUGCAAAUGUGGAAAAUGUGUGGAUACAUGUGAUGAUGCAGGCUUCAAAUGUGAACCUGCCUUUUUGGGUGAAUGGAUUUUAUUGAAGCGCAAUGUCUGCUUUGGAGCACGUGAAAAUGAGUUUGGAACAUUUGAAAUACAACAUGAUGCAGUAAUGACUGACAUAAAAUUAGUACAUAUUGGUGGACCUGGUCUAAAGUGCAUAGAAAACACAAUACCAACAAAGUGGGGAUGUAGUUACGAUAAGGCCCUUUUUACUGUGAAAUAUGUUGCGGCUGUCAUUACAGAUGAUCAAAACAAGCAACUUUACCCAUCUAUGCAACCUGAUAAAGGAUUCUUUACUGUACCAGGAUACAACGCCAACUCUCCCUACCUCAUCUUCAAUGCAACAAGUCACACUGUUUACAAAGGACAGGAGCUGAGAUUGCAUUAUGGUGAAGCUUGGGUGUCUAAUGGAUACCUUUCUAAUAACAGUGGUGAAUCAUGUGCAGAUAUAUAUGUGAAAUUGUGUGACGAAUAAUGUUUUUCUGAAUGAUGCAAUUCUCUUCAGUCUGAACUAAAUGGAGAAUUAACGUUCUUGUUUGUUGGAAUAUCGGUUAAAUGCGAUGAAUUUUCUUCUUAAACUUUAAAAAAAAAAAUUGAUUUUAAAGACUUUUCACGGUAAACAUUUUGUAUUAAAUUUCUAUGUAGAUACACACAAAAUUGAAAGAACUUACCGUAAUGCUUCGAAUAAACGCCCCCUUCUAUUAAACGCUCCCUCGAAUAGACGCCCCUCCUUUUCAGUCAUUUUUCAAAUAAACGGUCCCCCUCGAAUAGACGCCCUUCCCUCAUAAGGGGAGUUUAUGCGAGGCGAUAGUAAAAGUAUACUUACUUACUUUUUUCUUAAAGCUUUUCGCUUUUGAAGUUCAUUCUCUAAGCAUGUGAAUAUCUUUUAUUUUCUGUUGUGAAGAUAUAUAUUAUAGGUUACCUUAAAAACUGCAAAAAAGACAAAGUGUAAAAAAUUUAAUAAACGCCCCCCUCGAAUAUAAGCCCCCCUCCAACAUGUCAAAAAAUUUAAUAAACGCGAAGCAUUACGGUAGUUGGAAGAAAAAAUCACUUUUAAAUCAAUGUAUUUUAUUCACGAUCUUAUUAUUAUAGAAAUAUUACCAAUAAAAUUAGUAACAACAGCUGCAAUUGGUUAAUAAGACAUUCGAAAUUAUCCAGCUGAACUUUAACGACGCUCAGCGAAGUCUCGUUAUCUUAUGUUAAUUUCGAAUGCCAUUUUCCCGCGCGGUAAAAGAAGCGGGAAAGUUUCUUUGGUUAGCAGCAGUAGUUAUUUUAUUUUUUUAUCUCUGUGUAUUUUUUUAUUUAUUUAUUUGGUAGUACAUAUUUCUACUAGAUAUAAAAUGUAUAAUAGUUGCACGAGGUUAAAAAAUAUAUUCCUAAGA